UUUAUCUCCAGUGGCAGGAUAUUCUAACCCGCUGAAAUGUUGAUGCCCAAAUCUCGAACCAGGUGGGGAGAUAUCCAGGGCCAAUAUUGUGGCGGCGGAAACGGUAACUAACUAACUGGAGACGUAAUUUCUGUAUUAUUCGCGCUGCCAAUGCCUGCCUCUCUCAGCCCCGCGCGGUCUCGUAUGGAGGCCGUAUUCCCCCAUACCAUACGGAGCACAUACCAUCCAUCAGCCUCCGUCUCGUCGUCUCUUCCUCAACUUCUUCCGAUUUCUUCAUCUUCGCCCUCCCCUUCUUUUUCCCUCUCUUCUUUCUUUCGCCUUCAUCUCUUUCCGUGUUCUUUCUACCUUGAUAUGGGACAAUAUAUAUAUCCAACCUGUUGUUGGGUUGAUAUCCUGUGAAACCCUUGGUCCUGAUAGCCCGCAUAACUACCAUCAUCCACCCCACUUACCCUGGUCAUUUGCUCCGUUUCCCCUCAGACCAUCUCCAAGCGCCAGCAACAACCUGCAUUCUGCAAAAAUCUCCGCUGUGCGAAAUCGCUAUAAAUAAACAUCCUGUGCUACUCCUCGAGCCUAGUCUAUAGCUACUUAGAGCUUUGAGACCACCUUUUAUCCUCCUUGCGACCAGCGCCAGUCCGCCCGCCAUGAGUCGCCAUGGAAAGGACCAACACGACGAGAUGUUUCUCACCUCUCCAUCUGACCGCGACCCCCCAACUGUCUCCCCGUUGAGGAUUGUUAAACGGGAUACCCCGUCCCCCGGCCCAACUGCCGGAAAUACUACCCAGCCUUCAGCUUUUAACCCACCUCCUCAGAGCCCUCCUCCGCAUAACCCCCUGCCCUACCCUAACGACCGUUCGAAGCCACCUCAUAUGCAUUCCUUUAGCCCCUCCAAUUCUAGGCCGCCUUACCCUGACCGUGAUCAGUCGUCCUCCACUGUAAAACAAUCGUCCAAACCCUCCUCACCUCUUCAUUCCGGUUCAGGAGGAUCGAGUCCCGCUGAUAUCCCUGCUUCUUUGCGGCCACGGGAAAGACGAGAUUCGAAGACAGCCCAGUCGAGCCUAGCGGAGAGGAGAGGAACUACCGGUCCAAAGCCCCUACCGGAAUCACCAAUACUUCAAACGUCAGAUAAAGAAGGAUUGUUCCAGAAAGCUCCGCAGCAUCCAGUGGGAGGACGCGCCAACACCGGAGGCAUGCCAGAGCAACGGAGAAAGCCCUCUACGGAGGUGAACCCGUAUCCCGAGUUCCACCAGCAAUACUGGACUGCACAGGGUAACGCGUCGUCUUCAACCUCGUCGAACCUAACAACACCACAACCAACCCAUUCGGUUAACCGACUAGGCUCUACCGCCUCGACCUCAACAACCAAAGCAAACCGCGGCUCUCCUCCACCUCCAGAAACCCCCAUUGUGCCUCCAGGUCGCUCAGAUAUUGAGUCCCGGUACGCUGCAGCGGGAAUUGCAGGCACAUCGACUCUCAGCAAUCUACAGGCGCAGAGUGUUGCCGCGCAACAGCGUGCCCAGCAGUAUGCUGCUCCCCAAACACAAACAACACACCUCGCCCAGCCUCAGAACCCGACUCCAAGACCAUGGACUCCCACGGAACUUCCCGGUACUCAACCGCAUGGACCUCCAACCGUAUACCAGGGGCCCGUUCCCACAUCCGGACCUCCUCCGCAGACCUCAGGCGCAGACAACCAUCCACCCCCUGGCCACCCUGCCGGCUACACUCAGAACCAUAAUCCACUGGAGGAAGAUUUCCAGAGAUUGAAUAUGACUGCCUCUCCUCCUCCCGCAUACUCCAGCCUUGGUGGGCCAGGUCCUGGUGGCUCUGCGCCCCAUAGUUUCCAGAAUGAGAAGCAAGGCCUUGUCGCUGCUGCUCACCCCUUUUCAAUGAACCCGAUGAGCACUGGAGCUAUGACACCUUCCACCAUGGCUCCACAUUCACACACUCCUCCCGCUCCUAAUACCCAAGGCCACCCAGCGUUUGCCAAUGAUCCCAGACAAGCGGAUCCUGGUGCUUCGCAACCCAAUCUCCAAAAUGGACACCCUGGCAUCCAUCCCACUCCCAUUAACGGCUCUCCCGCGCCUCCUGGACCCUCCCCAGCUUCCCCUCCUCCUCUCCCAGAAGGCUGGAUCGCACACCUGGAUCCCAAUUCCGGACAAUACUAUUACAUUCACCUCCCCACUCAAUCUACUCAAUGGGAGUUUCCAAAGGGGCCAACUCCUCUUAACCUAAAUGAACCAAUGUCACCCGGAGUAAGCACUUUCGGCGGCCACCCCAUUGCUUCCCCGGGCCUUUCAACGUUUGGGCCUAACCCACUGGCAUCGCCAGGACUAUCCACCUUUGGGCAUCCGCUAGGAUCACCGGGUCUCCCCAUGACACCCGGAUAUGAGGGCAGCGUUAUGAGUAUGAGUACGGGAUUCACCGGCCCACCCCCCGCCAGCGGUGUCGAAUUGUAUAAGGUUGCGCCAACCAAUGGAGUGUACUUCGGCCCUUAUCUUCGCUAUACGAACAUGGACAUGGAACGUGGACUCUGGCUGGGCUCAAUUCUACUGGUGACUGAUGGCCCCCAGCCACCAACGAUCCAUAUUCAUCAGAGCGUAGACCUCUCUCCAAACCCGAGACAACUUAAGGGACUUUCGAUUUCAACACACCAGCGAUGGACGUUUUACAAAUACAAUAUCGAUCUUACAAUGGAAGAGUACCCUGCGAAGUGGACAUAUGCGAUCACCUCGCACCUUGGAUGCACGAGAUACGAAUUCCUCGUCGCAGGUCGGAACGAGACGAACUGGCGUUUCAUAGCGACUUCUGGAAAUGACUUCUCCCUUAGCGUCAGUGCAAAUGAGAGGGCUCGCCUUGGUGGCGCUGGAUACAUGUGGAAAGACAUUAUGCAGAAGCAUACAGAGUGUGGCGGAUUCCAUGUCCACCUUGGACUUGGAAGUCAGAUCAACGCUGACCGAAUUUGGAAAGAGGUCCCAUCGCUCAAACAAUGGCUUACUAUCAGCGGCAAGGAGCAGAGGAAAAGCGCAGUGUGGACCGCCGCCCAUGAGGAGGAUGCUACACAUGCGUAUUUCCAUUAUUAUACAAGUCACUUUGAUCAACCGCACCUGCGAGAAGCAUAUGCUCAGAUCCCUCACGUAUUGCAAGUUGAUGAUCAUGAUAUCUUCGACGGGUUUGGUUCAUACCCGGAUCACAUGCAAUUCUCGAAUAUGUUCAAGAAUAUUGGCAGAAUAGGAAUCGAGAUGUACCUCCUUUUCCAGCACCAUACAACACUGGAGAUUUUACGUCAUGCGAGCGACGAUAUGGACCUUUUUACUAUAACUGGAACAGGCUGGCAUUUUAUCAAAUUCCUGGGCCCCGCCGUCGCUGUGGUAGGGCCUGAUUGCCGUUCAGAAAGGAACCCCCAUCAAGUCAUGGCGGGACCUACCUAUCAGGGGAUCUUCCCUAAGAUUACAAUGCUUCCUCCAAGCGUGCAACAUUGCAUCUGGAUGAUUUCUGUCCCGCCUAUUUACCCGCGGUUGGAAUCUACGGAACACCUCGCGCAGACCAUAGCCACUGGCAAAAAGGCCGUUACUGGAGCCUACAAUGUUCUUGGUAAAGUGACCAGCUCCGUUGCUGGUGUCGUAGGUGCUAAGAACGCCGUGGGCUCUGGAUUCAACUCUGUAAAGAGAGCUGUUGGCAAGUCUGGACUGAUGGGCAGCGUCUUGAACCCAUUUGGUGAAAUCGAGCUUCUUGAUGAGCUGCGGGAUCAGUGGACUCACGACUCGAAGGAUCUUGAACGAACCUAUCUGAUCCGCACCCUCCAAGGGAUCUCCCAUCAGAAGAAUAUCCGGAUGACCUUCCUCUCUGGAGCAGUAAACUGCUGCGGCGCCGGCCUCGUCCACGACCCCUCCCACCCAACCGACCAUAAGACCAUGUACCAAAUAAUUUCCUCCUCUGUCGUCAACACUCCACCACCAUCUUACGUCAUGAAACUCCUACACGGAGGAAACAAACCACUCUAUAUCCCUGCCAACGGCAAACGACUCGCUCCGGGCGCCGUCACAGACACAAAGGAAGACAUGAUGGAAAUCUUCCAGACGGACGUGACGGGCCAACCACGCGAACACCGCAAACUCAUGGGCCGCCGUAAUUACGUGGCUAUCGUGGGAUAUGAUCCAGACAAUGUGCAGUCAAAUUAUGGACUGAUGAGCCCGACGACGCCGGGGAUGAUGUCGGCGUCCGGCGCGUUUCCUAAGUUGAGUCUUGCGGUGGAUUUCUUGGUGCAAGGGGAAGGUGCUUAUGGGAAUGUUGUCAAGUUUGGACCGGUUAUCGUGCCAAGUUUGGACUUUGGGAGGUAAUCUCUUAGCCGGACUAUGGCAUUCUACAUGGAUUAUAUAUACGAUUGUUUUUGGAGAUAUAUUUUGAUUUUCGCGCGAAGAUGUGGACUCUUUUGGGGGAAGGUAUAGGUUUUCUGUUGCAUUUUCUCAUCCUAGCUUGCAUUCGAACAAUUUUUCCUUGUUGUUUUCUUUGUGAGUUGAUAUUUCCGGACAUUUUUGAUGACAAUUAUUUUGGGUGUUAAGCCACAUACGUAUAUAUAUGUAUUUAUCAAUAUUCGUCUAUUUAUUUAUCUUAUUAUCUAGCAGUCUUGGUCGGAUUCCAGGUUUCAUAUGUUACUCCUGGUUAAAGUUUGGAUUACGUCACAUGACCGAG